ACUGACGAUGUCUCCCUCCCCCAUUACAGAGACAAACCUCACUCUCUGUCAGCAGUCUCUGAGCCCUCCGCCAGCUCACUCCUCAGCACUGAGGAACAGUAUGAAGAUUAUGGAGAAGCUGAUGAUACUGACUUCAUUCCCAGCAGCCCGGGUCUGGAUGAUGAGGGCAGAGCCAAUGCUUUCUCUGACCUGGGAUCCUCCGUUUCCUCCAGCGCUGGCCAAACCCCACGGAAGAUGAGAAAUGUGUUUGGCAGUGAGUUCCUCGAUGUCUAUUGCUCCCAGUGCUCUAAGAAGAUCAAUUUACUCAAUGACCUGGAGGCACGCCUCAAAAAACUGAAAGCAAACAGCCCCAACAGGAAGAUCUCAUCCACGGCCUUUGGAAG